AUAACUGAACGGAGACAUGGUCUGUAACUGAGCAUUGCGCUCGAAGACGGGGUCAUAUGCCAAGUCGAUCGGGCGAUUAUGAUAAUUUCACCCAUGCAGUGCAGUGCACCGCGCACACAUUCCUCAAUAGAAUAGCAGGCUAUAUUAGCAAGUUCGUCACCACAGCUGGGCCGAGGUGUAUUUGGUUCCCUUUGUUUGCAUUUCUUUAUUAGAUGUCCAUAUUUUGAGCGCGCAAUCAAUUUUUUUAUAUCCUGUCUAUCGUCAAUGAGUCGUCUGCUAUCAGCAGGUCGCACUUUAGUUGUCAGAUGCACUUGAGCUUUGGACAACGUGUAAGAUGCGCACCCACGUCGACCGGUCUGUUGUUAUAUCUGCAUCACAGUACACAUAAUGGAAUCAACUUCUGACAUGACAGACAACAGCUGUAAUCAUGACGGAAUCAUGCAGCUUUCGUGGUGACUUCCGGUCUAUAUACGGAAGAAAGCAAUAGCUGAACGCACUGGAGAUCUCGCUUUUCUCAAUCACCUUUGACUGAAUGAACCGUUCAAAUCUUUCACUCAUCUCCGGGGCCAACUCAAGAAAUUGCACAAUAGAAUAGCAUUGGGUCAGCCAGCCAUUCACAGACCAUACAGUCCUUUUGACUCUGAAUAGGCUGUCGAAGUGGUUUUAAAUUCAGCGCAGUCUGCUGGAGGUUUGCGGUCUUCCUUGUUAAAUCAAUAUUGUUUACAUAACAUCAUGUCUACUGUAAUACACGUGGCCCUUUCCCUUUCAUAAUGAAGAGGUCAUAAACGCACAAACGGCAAAGCGAGUUUCCGGGGCAUGCAUGGGGAAAAUGGUUGAAACGUGUACGAUUAUAUAACGCUUUUCCAGAGUCUGAACAUCAAUAAGACAAAACAGUAUUACGAUGGAGGAUCAAAUUGUGUAUGAGAAUACAACGCACUCGUCGCCGGGUUCAACAUUGAGGUGUACAGUGUUUUUCGUGGUGACGGUUGGAACUGUGAUUUUGGUUACGAGAAGCAGGUUUGGAGCAUUCUACGCAAGGUACUUGACUGUCAUCGCUUCAUAUAUGAUCUUUGGAAUACUCUUCAUCCCCUUGCUGAUGCUGAACCCUGGGAGUCCCGAGAACGCCAGGUGGUUAGUGAAAUACGGGAAGUACUUCCAGUUACCUCUUUGUCGUCUCACCAUCAAACGGCGAGGAUGUUCGUACCCAGAAGGUCCCUUCGUCGUUGUCUGCAAUCAUCAAAGCUCUCUAGACAGCCCAAUCAUUUUGCAUGAGGACAUUUGGCCUGGAAAUUGCGUUGUGAUAAUGAAGAAGAUGAUGAAAUACACGGGACCCUUCGGAUUGUGUCUGAUCCUGAGUGGGACGAUAUUUGUUGACAGGAAGGACUCGGCAAGCGCAAAGGACAUGUUACGUAACGCAGUGGCUGCUAUUCAAAAAUUUAAGCGUCGUGUUUGGGUGUUUCCAGAGGGAACUCGCAGACUGAAAGCCCGAAAACAAUCGGAGGAACCAUUGCUGCCAUUCAAGAAAGGUGCUUUUAAUUUAGCUGUCCUCGCGCAGGUUCCUAUCGUUCCAGUAGUAUUGUCGUCACAAGAUGAAUUCUUCAGUUUCCAUGAACAUAUAUUCGAUCCAGGUGAAGUAACGUCAACAGUAUUACCUGCUAUUCCUACCACUGGUUUGACGUUAGAUGAUGUACCAAGACUAGCCGAAGACGUUCGAGAUAAAAUGAUAGAUGUAUUUUUAAACCAGCAUGAAAAUGGUCAUGUGGUAACAGGGAACUGCGAAUCCAAAGACUGAUUGUUCAUUUUCGAAACCAAUCACUCAUCUUCUUAAUGCUAUAAAUGAUACUGUACAGGGUUAUGAAAUAUGAAAUUUACAAUUGUACUUACAAACUUCAAAGUAUAAUGUAUGUAACGUAUUCAAAGCGUAUUCUGUCACAGAAUGCUGUUCUCCGAUUCACGAAGAACGACACCGCAUUCCAGAAUUAUCAUUCCACUAUUCAUAAAGACAACGACAUAUAGGCUAGUACACUUUGUAGUUUUGUACUACCUAUGUCUCACGAAGAUGUGUUAUGAACGGUUUUACAAAUAUCUUCUACACUGCAAAGCCAAAUGGGCUAAGAAUAAAUUCUCCAAGUCAGCUAAAGUUGAAAUAUAAUAUUCAAAUUCUUACCAAAACUACUUACUGAUUUAAAUGACAUAAUUUAAUUUGGCUUGUUGUGAUAAUAGGCCCUGCAUAUCCGAGAGUAAUAUAUGUAGCAUCUCAUUUGACGCUUCAUGUAAGUCAAUAGUAAAUUUGUUAAGUUCUGCAAACUCUUUUUUAAAUAAAUAAGUGAGGGACUUUGCUUCAAUUUUUUUUGCAUGUUUAAGUUGAAAGAGGAUAUGAUGAGCAUUUCAUAAGCAUUUUUUCUAAACGUACAUUAAAAAAGUACUGUAGGUAUUUAAAAUAAUAAAUGGGGGACUGCCCACCCCAUCCCCUCCCAAUUAACACACCCACUGCGAUGCUUGUAUAUUUUAAGGAUGUGACCAAUGGGGUAUUUGAACACCGACGAAUGGGCACUACCGAGAUGCUGAGAUAUCCUCUUUUUUGUCUGAAACUGCUCACUAACUAAACGUAUAUGUAAUGUACCAAUCUUACCAUCAGAGUUAUGGCUCUUAUUAACCCUUUGUUGUUAAUUCCUACUCAACGAUACACAUAUAUUUACUAUUAAACUUACAUGUAAGCCCAGUGCAGCCCACAUCUCCAUUAUUUUAUCUUCAAGCUCAUAAUUUUGUUUAAAAAUCUGCUGUUUUACUGCGUUAGCCAUAUCCUGCCAAUUCUUUGUAUGAGUUCAACAGAUUGUGCUGUAGUAGAUGAAUUUACAAUAUUCGAAAAUGUAAUCUGAAGUUGUCAAAUUUGUUUAAAGUAGUGACGAACUGACAAUGGCUAUAUCAUUCAUCAGUUCUUUUGCUAGGCCUAUAUAUUUUUAGACAGUAUAGAUCACGGCUGUAUCACUGCCAAAACGUGUACUAUGAAGUAUGAACAAAGAGCAAGACAUCAAUUGUAUUACAACUAAAGAACACUUAUAGUUCAUUAUUUUGAUAAAAGAGCUUUUACAAAAGAAAAGUAUUAUUGAACCAAAUUUGGCACUUACAUGUAUAUUGGUAUCCUAAUGAAGUGCAUUAUAUUAUCAGUAUUAGUAUUUUAGGGAGGCGCAUCAGUAAACUCCUUAAAGGGGAAGUUCAUCCUGAGAAAAAAUUUAGGGUAAAAAUAGCAGGCAAAAUAAUAAUAAAUAUUGCCGAAGGUUUCGGGAAAAUCCAUAAAAGGAUGAAAAAAGUUAUUAGAAUUGUUAUUCUUUGAUUGGUGACGUCAUUAUGCAAGCAGCUUUCUUACAUAUCGUAUGGUAAAAAAUCAAUGAGAUAUCAUUUUCUCAGAAAAUUGAAAACGAAUUUUACUGUACCUUCAGUACAUCAAUAAUCAAAUCUAUUUCACACCCGUUUAAAAAAAGUUAUGCAUUUUAUAUUACAAAACAUAUGGAGAAGUUGCUCGUUUAUGACGUCACAGAUCCAAACCUUACAAUUCUAAUAACUUAAUCUUUAAUGGAUUUUCCUCAAACCUUCACCAAUAUUUUUUUUCAUUUUUUCUGCUAUUUUUGCAACAGGGUGAACUUCCCUUUAAUUUGAGUAUUGAAAUUGAAUUUGGUAAUAGGUCAGAAUUACAGCAUACUUUUCUUUUGUAUUUUGAUCAUAAUCUUUGAUAUCAUACCAAAGUCAAAGAUAAGCACAUUCUGAUUUUCACCAUGCAAAUAAAAUCGAUUCUAAGCAACCCCCCCCCCCCCGUGUGGUGGUGGUAGGUUAGGUCCAGGGCCGAGACUAUGAUGUUAAGAUAUGAAAUAUUUGAGUGAAGAGGCCGAGGUGAUUGGGGUUUUAUGAAAAUAUUCAAUAGCUUCAGUUAGACUAGGUUUUAUUCAUGAUUUAUGUUUGUGUAUUUUGUAAAUUUCUGUUUUAUUUUGUGAAUAUUUGACACUUAAACAUGUUAAACAAAGAUUGAGUACGUUGAGUUGGGUUUUAUUGUAACACUAAAGGAAAAAGAGAAAAUGCAAAGUGUUAAAUAUAAGAGUCUUCAAUGUAUCUAUUAAUUUGUAUAGAGAUGAUUUUUAUUUGAUAUAUGUAUUUCAUUUUGUAUAUGAAUUGAAGUUGUUGACAAAUAAAAACUUGAUACAAAAAAAAUUUAACCAACCUUGGUCUCUUUCUAAUUACAUCAUAUAAAAAUACGUUACAUACACGUAUACACAAAAUUAAACGCAUAUUAUUUGAACGCAGUUAAAAUUGUGUGGCAGUAAUCUCGUUUCCUAUCGUAUUUGACCAAUUUGUUAGAGAAGAAGUGGUGUACAUAGCAUGUUGAUUUUAAUAAUAUGUAUGUACAAUCUGCCGAAAUUUAAACAAUGAAAAUAAGUAUUAAAUAAUAUAUUUCAAGUUUAUAA